GUUUACAUGGUUGAAAGGUCAAAGGUUACGUAAAAUUCCUGUAACUUUGACUCGAGACGGACGAUCUUCGACCUUGAAAGACUACUGUAUCUGGACUUGAACAAAAUUGAAGUAAACCUAAAGAAGAAGAGGAAGAAGGGAUGGCAGAUUCUGAUGUCACUACUUUGGCUGCACUCAACUUCUACUGCCAAGAGAAGUUAUAUCGCCAUGUGCAGCGAGUGGCACUAGAGGCAAUCAAGAAGUAUGGCAGCGACCCUGUUCUUAUGUUUUUCAAGGGCUAUGGCCUCAUACUGGAAGAUCGGCUGAGUGAAGGUAUGAGAGAGUUGGAAUCCAUCCGUGACAAGCCAGAAGUCACCUUGUGCACCACCAUGGCUCUCAUGUAUGCUCACAAGAAGUCCAAGAAUGUCGAUAGGGAGGCAGUUCAGGAGCUAGAUGCCAAGAUGAAAGAAGACAGAAAGAAAGCAUCUGACAAGGCUGUGUAUUUUGCCGCUCUGUUUCUGUGGCAUACCGGUCGUCAUGACAAAGCCAGGGAGUAUGUGGAUAGGUCAAUCAAGAUGGCUGGAGGAUCAUCACUUGAGGGUUCAACGCUUAGAGGUUGGAUUGAUCUCACCUCGGGCAGGGACAACUAUCUCAAGAAGGCUGGAAAAUUCUUUGAGGAAGUGCUCAGUGCCACCCCCAAGGCUAUCGAUGCUCUCAUUGGCAAGUCCCGUUACAUGAGCAUGAGACACAACUACACCGGAGCGUUGGACCUCAUCAACCAGGCUGUAGUCUCCUAUCCAGGAUUCAUGCCGGCGCUCAUGGAGAAGAUGAGAUUGCAGCUUGCGCUACAGGACUGGGAACAGACCGUCGAGUCUGCACAAAGAGCUCUAGUCCAAGAACCUAAUUGCAUAGAAGCACUUCGACUGAUUAUCCUUCAAAUACUCUGCAGAGAGGGAAAUUAUGAAGAGGCUGCAGCAAGGAUUGGAGAGCUGAUUCAACUCAUUGACCGAUUUGAACCCAAGAAUGCACACAUCUACUGCCAUCUCUCCAAGACAUUCAGUCGAGUGUGCUCUCGCAAUCAGCAGAUCCUUCUUCAGACCCUGACCAUGGUGGAGAGGGCCAUCGGUCUGGACGGUAACAACUCAGACUUCCACAACGAGAGUGGUUAUCAGCAGAUGAUGCAGGGCAAGAACAGGGAUGCAGUCAAGGCAUACCGUAUGGCCAUGAAGCUGGACGAGACAAGUGUUGUUGCACUCACAGGUAUUAUCCGGUUCCAGUUGGAAGAUGGUCAGUUAGAUGAUGCAGAACAACAGCUAGACUUUCUGGGAGAGAUUCAAGAGACCAUUGGCAAAUCAUCGGACAUCCUAUUCCUGCGAGCCAUGCUGUCCAGGAAGCGUAACAAGCCUGCAGACGAGACGGUCAACCUCCUCAAUGAAGCCAGCACUGUCCACUUCCAAUCCCUCAAGGGUCUGCCCCUUGGAGCCGACUACUUCACUCUCAUGAAUCCAGAUUUCUUGGUGGACAUGGUCAAAGAAUAUCUCCUCUUUGCUCCUACUGAGCCUCAAGGAGCCGGUCAACCUGCAGACCCAGCCCUGGCGAGAUGCAACGCGGUCCUAGAUCCGAUCUGUAAGGCAGUACCUGGUCUACUGGAGGGGUUCUACCUCCAGGCCAGGGUCAAGUUCUUGUUGGGCCAAGUGGAGCAGGCCCAGACUAGCCUGCAGCACUGUUUGGACCACAACCCAGAAUAUGCUGAUGCGCACUUGCUCAUGGCACAGAUAUACCUUCAUCUUGGAAACUACCAGAAGUCAUCUCAGUCCUUGGAAAUGGGUCUCAGCUACAACUUUGAGGUGCGUGAGAUGCCUCUGUAUCACCUGAUCAAGGCUCGUACCCAGAAGAAGAUGGGAGAGAUGGAGGAGUGUUGUAAGACUCUCCAGGCUGCCAUGGCUCUACCUGGGAUCAAAAAGAGAGCUGUAUCUGCUUCAAGGAGAGUGAAGGGUGGACCUAUAUCAAUGACAGACAGGGUCUCUGUCUUCUUGGAGCUGGCAGAUGCAUACCGGCAGACUGGUGCAGAGCAUGAAGCAGCCAAAGUGAUGCAGGAUGCCAUCAAUGAGUUCAGCAGGACAUCGGAAGAGAUACGGGUGACCAUUGCCAAUGCUGACCUCUCCCUUGCUAGAGGAGAUGUAGAACAGGCUCUGUCCAUGCUAAGGAACAUCUCACCAGAACAAAGUUAUUUUGUGAAAGCCAGAGAGAAGAUGGCCGAGAUUUAUCUGCACCAUCGAAAGGACAAGAAACUCUAUGCAAGCUGCUACAGAGAGUUGGCAGAGAAGUAUCCCAGCUCUCAGACAGCCCUGUUGCUGGGUGAUGCAUACAUGUGCAUCCAGGAGCCUGAGAAGGCCAUUGAAAUCUAUGAGAAAGCACUCAAGAAGAACCCUAGAGACAGUGCUCUGGCCAGCAAGAUCGGUCAAGCAAUGGUCAAGACACAUCAGUAUGGAAGGGCAAUCAAUUACUACGAGGCAGCCCUAAAGACAGGAGGUCAAUCCUUCUUGAGGCAUGACCUGGGUGAGCUGUUGCUCAAGCUGAGACAUUAUGAGAAGGCUGAGAAGACACUUAGGAUCGCUCUAGAACAUGAACAAUCAAAUGAGCUGACGGUGUUGAUGGAUGAUGCUAAGCUACUAGUCUUACUGGCUAAGGUUCAUAGGAAAGGAAACAAGUUAGAGGAUUCCAUGCUAGCUCUCACCAAGGCAAGGGACAUGCAAGCAAGGGUUCUCAAGAGAGUACAAGUUGAACAACCUGAUGCUGUGACAGCUCAGAAGACAUUGGCCACAAGCAUCUGUUCCCAAAUGGCAGAGCAGUGUAGCACUCAGCGAGCCUUUGACAAGGCCAUCAAGUUUUACAAGGAAGCCUUGGUGUACUCCAGUCAAGACACCAAGGUGAUGCUAGAACUAGCCAGACUUUACCUGGCAAAGUCGGAGUUGGACUCGUGCCAACAUCAGCUGGUCCAGCUGCUUCAGAUAGACAAUGAUAAUGACUCGGCUCUUGUGAUGAUGGCGGAUCUGAUGUUCAGGAAAGGAGAGUAUGACCAAGCCAUGUUCCAUUUCCAGCAGUUAUUGGAGAGAUCCCCUGACCACUAUGAAGCCUUGGCCAGACUGGUUGAUUUGAUGAGAAGAGCAGGCAGACUAGAGGAAGUAUCCCACUUCUUGGACCAAGCGCAGAAAGCCUCACCUCGAGCUCCCCUGGACCCUGGCUUCAACUACUGCAAGGGACUCCAAGAAUGGUACAUUGGUAAUCCGAACCUGGCCCUGAAGCACUUCAACAUGGCGCGGAAAGACAGUGACUGGGGACAGAAGGCCAUCUCUAACAUGAUAGAGAUCUGUAUCAAUCCUGACAAUGAAACCAUCGGAGGAGAAACUUUUGAGAGCGGAGACCUUGAUCAAGCAUCUAUAAACGAGAAAGCAGACUCUGAACAAGUAGCAGCAAAGACGGCAGAAAAACUUAUCAAGGAAUUGAAACCAAGUGAAGGAAGUGAUACUCAUCUCAUCCAGGAGAUCUACGUUCUCAUGGCAACCAAGUCUAAGGCUAAUAUCGAGAAGGCUCUGUCAGCAUUCAUGGAGCUGGUCUCCAAUUCCGAGAGGGAGAAUGUUCCAGCUCUACUAGGUGUAGCUACUGCUUACAUGAUGCUCAAGCAAACACCGAGAGCUAGAAACCAACUCAAGCGUAUCGCCAAGAUGGAAUGGAACCCUGUGGAUUCCGAGGAGUUUGAGAAGAGCUGGCUUCUACUCGGUGAUGUCUACAUCAACUCUGGCAAGUUUGACAUGGCUAAUGAACUGCUCAAGAAAUGCCUCAAACACAACAUGUCUUGCUGCAAGGCUUAUGAGUAUCUUGGUUUCAUCAUGGAGAAAGAGCAGUCCUACCAAGAUGCAGCGAACAGCUAUGAGAAAGCUUGGAAGUUUGGAAACCAGAAUAACCCUAAUAUAGGUUACAAGCUGGCAUUCAACUACAUGAAAGCCAAGCGCUUUGUGGAUGCCAUUGACAUCUGUCACAAGGUGCUGGCUGUUCAUCCGGACUACCCUAGGAUGCGCAAGGACAUUCUAGACAAGGCUAGGGCCAGUAUAAGGGCUUAAUAUCUGGUCUAAGACCAGGUCUCAUAUGGGAGCUUUUAUUUUCAAGGACAUUCUGGACAAGGCUAGGUCCAGUAUAAGGGCUUAAGAUCUGGACCAAGACUGGGUCUCAUAUGGGAGCUUUUAUUUUCUAAGGACAUUCUAGACAAGGCUAGGUCCAGUAUAAAGGCUUAAGAUCUGGACCAAGACUGGGUCUCAUAUGGGAGCUUUGAUUUUCAAGGAAAUUCUAGACAAGGCUAGGUCCAGUAUAAGGGCUUAAGAUCUGGAACAAGACUGGGUCUCAUAUGGGAGCUUUGAUUUUCAAGGACAUUCUAGACAAGGCUAGGUCCAGUAUAAGGGCUUAAGAUCUGGACCAAGACCAGGUCUCAUAUACGAGCUUUGAUUUUCAAGGACAUUCUAGACAAGGCUAGGUCCAGUAUAAGGGCUUAGCGUUGGACCAAGACUAAAUUUUGUUUGAGAUUAUCCCACGUUUGAGACAAGCUUUAUCUUUCAAGGAGAUUCUGAAGAAGAAUAGGUCCAAGCAUUUGGACUAAGAACAAGGGAGCGUGUAACAACUUAUAACUAUCGGGUAGAUUUGGGGCAAGGGUAACUUGUCUUCUAAGGCUCAUGUACAUUUUUGGUAGCAAAAAGAAAAAUUUGAAAGAAACAUGUUAAAUAUAGUCUCAUGUUGUUCUCCUUGUAUAACAAAAUAUAUGUACGAGAUCGUUUGGUAUUCUCACUGUCCAUGAUUUCCUGUGAACUGUAGGAUCCUUCCACCCCAAUGGCUCCCUGCACAUCAAUCUAGGCACUUCUCUUGGAGACAGCAUGUGUGUGUGUAGACUGUAGUACACACAGUACUUACACGAGUAGUGCAGGCUGCCAUUGUAAGAAUUUACUUUCUCACAUAUGUUUAAUAUUUCACUUGGGGAGGAAAAAGAUCCACAGCAGCAUUGUAGUGCUGGUAUCUUCCUAUUCAUCAUCUAAAAUCAAAGAAAUCUGUCAUAAUUUUUUUUUGAGGGCCUACCAAAAUUGUUCAUCAGCUUCGAGGUCAUUGUAGACCAUAGAUAUUUCUAGUACAAGGGCCUAGACCAAGAUCACUUCUCAUAUAAGAGCUUGAUAUAUUUUGCAAAGAUAUUUUGGAUAAGGUUUGAUCGAGAUGUGACAUAUGAGCUUUUACUAUGAACAAGAUUAUGAACAAUAGAUGAUUUCAUGCAUAAGCCUACAUUUGUGGCAGGACUGACAAUUUGGUGAAGUCUAGGUCCAGUGUACAAGCUUAGACCAAGUUCUAGAAUAAUAUUGAAUGAAAAUUAAUUAGGUCUAGUACGUAAGCAAUAAUCAGGGGGUAGAUCCACCUUAAGACCAUGUAUGCUAACGGACACAGAUUUUUUUACAUCAGAAAAAGUGUAUGAAUGAAUCUUGUUUACCUAAAUGCUUACAAAAUAUGCCAUUUUAUAAUUUGUUUUAGUGUUGCCUCAAGUUUGCAUGUUAUGUGUGAUCAUGUAAUUCAAAUACCCUCUUUAAUUGAGGCAUUCUUUUUGUUAAAGGCACUUAAAUUGUUUUCAGAGGUAGAAAAUAUAUCUUUUUUAUUUUCCUAUCCUGCAACCAUCUUAACCAUACAGCUGAUGAUCAGUAAAAGAGUACAGUUUUCAAGAUUGGGAAUCAAGAGUGGGCAUGAAUUUUCAUAUAUCUAUGCUGGAUAUAUGAAUCAUUUGUCACAACUUUAGGUGAUUUUCACUUAUUUUGAUGUAUGUUCAGAACUUCUUUCUAAAUAAGUCAAUCAAUUUUUUUUUAAAGUGUAUAUUAGUGUAUGAUAAAUAAUCUGUGUGUUAUAUUCGCUUCUUUCACCUUGAAUUGUUGACAAUUCUAAUCAAUUGAAGACUUUUUCUUUUCAAUACUAAGAUUAUAAUUAAUUGCAAAGAUAUAUUGUAUAGUGAAAUAAAUUGUAUAUAUAGAUAUUUAAA